AUGUGCGAUGAAGGAAUUUUCGUUUUUGGCUCUAAAAUAUUUCUUGAGGAGCUAGAUGUCAUAUCUCGAUUACCAUUGGAACUGUCUUGGAAGAUUUUCUCCUAUUUAGACGAAGCAUCACUCCGAAACGCAAGCAGAGCCUUUAAGAGAUGGCACAGAAUAAUUGUGUCACAUAAACGUUUAAGAAAUCGACUGAAUCAUUUCGAACUUUACAUAAAAUUAGGUUCGAAAAGUUUAGUGUCUUUCUAUAGAAGAACCAAGAGAAUAAUGAAGAGAGAAAGGAAAAAUUUCCUAACAUCGAACAAAACUGUUUUAAAAUCGACAAAAACUACUGUGAAAUCGAAACGAGGUGGCGACGAUUUGAUUGUGUACACGAAACGGUAUAAAUUAUUUUGA